AUGGCUAAGACCAUCACCUCAAAGUGUGUUACAUGCAGAAAACUACGGAAAAGGCCCCUCAACCAGCUCCUGGGACAGAUUCCAAACCUAAAAGUAGCAGCUGGCUUCCCGGCAUUUCCAAACACUGCCAUGGACAUGUUCGGACCAAUACAGAUUAAGCUUGGCCGCAAGACUCUAAAAGAGGCCCAACAGAAGACAAAAGAAUAUUACGAGAAAGCACUUGCCAUCGCGACUGAAAUCGGCCACAGGGAAGGGGAAGCAGCAAGUUAUGGAAACUUUGGAACUGUGUUUCAAUCCCUUGGCGAAUAUCAGAAGGCAAAAGAAUAUCAUAAGGAGGCACUAAGCAUCGCGACUGAAAUUGGCGACAGAGAAAAAGAAGUAAGAAGUUAUGGAAACCUUGGUGUUGUGUUUCAAUCCCUUGGCGAAUGUCUGAAGGCAAAAGAACGUCAUGAGAAAGUACUUACCAUAGCGACUGAAAUUGGGGACAGAGAAGAAAAAGCAAGAAGUUAUGGAAACCUUGGAGUUGUGUUUCAAUCCCUUGGCGAAUAUCAGAGGGCAAAAGAAUAUUGCAAGAAAGUACUUACCGUUGAGACUGAAAUUGGCGACAGAGAAGGAGAAGCAACAAGUUAUGUAAAUCUUGGAACCUUGUUUCAAUCCCUUGGCGAAUAUCAGAAGGCAAAAGAAUGUUGCGAGAAAGCACUUACCGUCGCGACUGAAAUUGGCCACAGGGAAGGGGAAGCAGCAAGGUAUGGAAACCUUGGAGCUGUGUUUCAAUCUCUUGGCGAAUAUCCGAAGGCAAAAGAAUAUCGUGAAAAAGCACUUACCAUCGCGAUUGAAAUUGGUGACAGAGAAGGACAAGCAACAAGUUAUGGAAACCUUGGAGCUGUGUUUCAAUUCCUUGGUGAAUAUCAGAAGGCAAAAGAAUAUUUCGAGAAAGCACUUACCAUCGCGACUGAAAUUGGCGACAGACAAGGAGAAGCAACAAGUUAUGGAAACUUUGGAGCUGUGUUUCAGUCCCUUAGUGACUAUCAGAAGGCAAAAGAAUAUUGCGAGAAGACACUUACCAUCGCGAUUGAAACUGGCGACAGACAAGGAGAAGCAACAAGUUAUGGAAACCUUGGAACUGUGUUUCAAUCCCUUGGCGAAUAUCAGAAGGCAAAAGAAUGUCACAAGAAAGCACUUGACAUCGCAAUAGUAAUUGGCUACGGGAGAAGUUACGAUGGUCUUGGAACCGUGUAUAUAUUCCUUGGCGAAUAUCAGAGGGCUGAAGAAUGUCACGAGAAAGCACUUACUAUCAGCAAAGGAAUUAACGACAGGCAAGGGGAAGGAGUAUGUUACCGGAGCCUCGAAAGCAUGUUUGAAUCCCUUGGCGAAUAUAAGAAGGCUAAAAGAUAUUACAAGAAAGCACUUUUCAUCGCAUCGGAACUCGGAGAAAGAGGUAAUGAAAGUUUUGGAUACUAUAACCUGGGGAAUGUUUAUUCUCAGCUUCAUAAAUAUCGAGAAGCUAAACAAUAUUUCAACAAAUCACUCGACAUCAGUAAAUCGAUUGGUAACACAAGAGCUGAAGCAUGUGCUCUUACGGGUUUGGCAAGUGUGUUUGCCUUCCUCAAUGACAAACUGAAAGGAGAAGGCACUUGGCAUCUUCAAAGAAUGUGGCGUUAA